GAAGCGGAAGAUCCUGCUGGGUCUCGGCCGGCAAAGAUCCGGAAGCUGGCGCUGUCAGUCCAGACGUUCGUGGAGAAGGCGGAGGUCGGCGGGUCGCAGAACAGCAAUAGCCGGGUAUCGGGGGAUCACUCGGGGUCUGGAGGUAGAGGGAAGAGCCGGAAGGAGCUGAGGAAGGAGAAGCGCCUGUCCAAGAAGCUGAGAAGGAAGGAGUAUUAUCAGAGGAGGUAUGUGGGCGCCCAGCCCGCAGAGGAGGCUCCACAGAAGGACAAGGAUCCACAGAAGGACAAGGCUCCCCGGACACCCCCAGUCCAGAGAGCAGAGGCUGGAGGACAGGACAGGCAGAGUCCAGCUGGGGGGAGGCCGAAGGCAGAGGCCAGGAAGAGAAGGAAGAAGAUGAGCAGAGAGGAGGCCAGGAGGAAGGCUCUGCUGGAGGCCAAUGAGAAGGAGGAGAAGGAGAUCCGGAAGCUGGAGAGAAGUCUGAGGAUGAAUAAGAGGAAGAAUAAGAGUUCCCUGCCCCAGGCUUUCACUCAGGAUGGUCUGGAUUACAUCCUGGGGGUGCUGGAGCCGGGGAGCUCUGUGUCUGGGCUUUACGGUGAGGAGGAGGAGGAGGAGGAGGACACUGUUCAGAAGAUCUGGGGACUAUCUGAUCAUCCCCUCCAAAAAGAUUCAGAGGAUGAAAGUGGGGGGAGUGAGGAGGAGGAAGAUAAGGAUGGACUGGAAGAAAGUGAGAGUGGUGCGGAGGAGGAAGGUGAGGAUGAUAAUUCUCUGGAGGAGCACAGUGAGGAUGAUGAUGGUGUGGGUCAGGAAUCGGAGGUGGAGGAUGAAGAAGAUCAGUCUAAAGAGACAUUACGACAUGAUCCAGACGGUGGAGAUGAGGAGGACGCUGCUGUUGCCAACAAGAACUCCAAAGAUGUGGGCAGUAAGUAUGUCCCUCCCCAACUAAGACAGUCCUCUGAAGCUGUGGAUGCUAAGAAGAGGGAAGAACUGGAGAGGUUGAAGAAGAGUGUGAAAGGAUUGAUGAACAGACUGAGUGAACCAAACAUGGCCUCUAUCAGCGGACAGCUUGAGGAACUGUACAUGACCAACAGUAGAAAGGACAUGAAUGAUACUGUAACCAGCAUUCUCUGCAAUGCUUGUAUUACUCCGGCCAGAAUGCAAGACCGACUGAUGAUGGAACACGUGCUUCUUAUUGCUAUACUGCAUCAUACAGUGGGGAUUGAGGUGGGUGCUCAUAUCCUGGAAUCAGUAGUAAAGCAGUUUCAUGACCUGCAUCAAGACAUUGGUGAAAGUAAAGAGUGUGAUAACCUGCUCACCUUCAUAGGACACCUAUAUAACUUCCACGUCAUUGACUCUCGCCUGGUGUUCGACAUAUUGAAGAUGCUGGUGUUCACAUUCACAGAGAGGGACAUAGAGCUGAUCUUGCUGCUUCUAAAAAACGUUGGCUUCUCGUUGAGAAAGGAUGAUGCUCUGGCUUUGAAGGAGCUGAUAACGGAGGCACAAAACAAGGCAAAUGCUGUGGAUAAGCAAUUCCAAGAUCAGACUCGGAUUAAGUUUAUGUUGGAGACGAUGCUUGCAUUAAAGAACAAUGAUAUGCGCAAGAUACCAGGCUAUGACCCUGAACCUGUGGAGAAACUGCGUAAAUUACAGCGCUCUUUGGUUCACAGCAGUCUGUCUGGCAGCGACACUCGCCUCCGUGUUUCACUGGAGAACCUCUUGGAAGCUGACAAAGUUGGAAGGUGGUGGAUUGUUGGGUCAUCGUGGAGCGGAGCACCAAUGAUCAAUGAGUCUUCAGGGAAGGUGCCGGCAAAGUCUGUUGGCAAGGUCAGUGCGAAGAUCAUGGAACUAGCCCGCAAGCAGCGAAUGAACACAGACAUCAGGAGGAACAUCUUCUGUGUUAUCAUGACAAGUGAAGACUAUCUGGAUGCUUUUGAGAAGUUACUUAAGCUAGGCUUGAAAGAUCAUCAAGAGAGAGAGAUUGUUCAUGUCCUUAUAGACUGCUGUCUGCAGGAAAAGCUCUACAACCCCUUCUACUCCUUUCUUGCCAGCAAGUUUUGUGAAUAUGACAGGAGGUUUCAGAUGACAUUUCAGUUUAGUAUGUGGGAUAAAUUCCGGGAUUUAGGAAAUCUGUCAACAGCCACAUUCUCUAAUCUCAUCCAGCUCCUGAGUCACCUGAUUAAAAAGAAAUCUCUUCCGCUCUCUAUUUUUUAAGGUCAUAGAGUUCAGUGAGCUGGAUAAAACAAAAGUCUCUUUCCUGCGUCAGAUUCUAAGCAGAAUACUGGUGGAUGCUGAAGUUGAUGAUCUUGCUGUGAUCUUUGGAAAAAUCUCUGACAAUCCCAAGCUUGGAAUGCUGCGUGAAGGCUUAAAACUCUUCAUUUCCCAUUUCCUGCUGAAGAACAUCCAGAAGAGCACAGAGGAAGUCGAGCUGCUACGGCAGAAAGCAGAUGUAGCUGUCAAAGCCCUGCAGGCAAAGGAUAACAAACUGCAAUUAUAG